AUGGGUUACGAGAGCCUUCCUUUAGAAAUCGAGUUCAAAAUCCUCGAUGAAGUCGACUGGACCGAAACCAUGGCUUGUGCGCAAGUUUGCCACCGAUGGAAAGGUUACCUUGCAAGGUCGAAAGCCCAUAAUCGGCGAUAUAUAUCCAACCAACAGCUGCCAGAGCCUACGAAUAUGAAAAAGUUCAAGAGUCGACACGAUACCCGACUGCUUCGCGAUUUCAGUAUAGCUUCCGCUGAAAUAACCAUUAGCAUAUCAACAAGCGAGGGCGAAAAUGACGAAAACGUUGGAAUCAUAUCGCAAGACAUUGUUCUAAACCGUACUCCCACUGUUCUUCUUCAUAGGUUUAUGCACGAAGCAGAGCACUCUAUCGGGUUCUUCGUCGCUAUCGGUCCGGGACCUCAUUAUAAUCCCUUGCUCCGAAAUCUAACGCCGCAAGGGUUCUUUCUCGUUGGAAACAAAGACAGUUGUUUAAGUGCAAACUCGCUAGGAGGACGCAAGGGCAGCCUCUUACUACCAGAGCCGUCUAUAGAUCAUGAGAGCAGCUCCGAGGACUCAAUUGACAGCGAUGACGAGAAAGAGGAAGGUUUUUUCGUCGAGAAAGGUCGCUUUGCUAUCCAAUUGAACUCGGUAUGGCAUUGGGAAGAGCGAAUAUUCAAUACACCGAUGUGUGAUACGGAAAUCGUAUAUGGCCGUGGAUUUGAAAGUUUUAAAUCUACAAGGAGAACAAGUCCAUACAAUCCGCGGGCGAGGACGGGAAAAUACUUACGUCGAUUAUCAGAACUUGAUUUUGAAACCGAUAGGUCGAUAAAUAUUCGUCAGCUGGUAGGAGCUAUUACACAAUCGGUUACUACGAUCAAGAGACUGGACCCGGAUUUAAAAGACAGCGGCGAGGUUUUCUUCGUAAAGUUUGAUGGGAUACGUAUACAAGAGUAUAUGAAAUAUAUACCACAUGGAUUCUUCGAUUUUCAGACUGGGGGUAGGAUUGAAUUAGAGAUAUACAAGGGAGUAAACUGGGUGGAAGAAACAUGUGAUUUUGCGAGUGAUUGCUGA